AUGGACGCGAGCUUGAAAUCGAGAAAUAGCGGCAGCAAUUCGAGUGGCAGCAGUGGAUAUGGAGGGAAGCCGUCUGCGUUGACUAACAGCAGUAACAAUGCCCCUAUUCAACAAACAAAACAUGUCAAAGAUAAAAAUCAUAAAAAGAAAAAGCUGACUCCUAUUUCUCAAACCGAAGUCACUGAAAUAAAACCCCCAAAGACUGCAGUAACCGAUAAGUCAAUCGCAGAUAACGAAAAUGCUCCGGAUAUUUCGAUAAUCGUACCAAAUUCAGUUGCACAGCAGAGUACAACAAUUGAAACCCAAGUUGUCACAAUCCCAGAAAAUGCCCCGUUGCUUAUGAGCGUAGAUAAUAAAUUUAGUUCUACAGUUCCUGAUGUCGAAAAACAACCAAUUGCUUCCAGUACGCUUUUGGAGAAGAUUGCUGAAACGCCGGGAGAAGAUACUACAUCCCAAACUCCACCAAAUAUAAAUGAAGAUGUACGAAUUGUGGACUAUGCAUUUAUAUAA